UAAAAAUAAUAAGAACAGUAGAAAUGACAGUAGAUUAGGAACGGUAAAAUGUUCUCUAUCAAACCAUUAUUGAGAAAAUCACUUCUGAAUCAACUUUCUUACAAAUGUAAAGCUUCCCUAUCCUAUUGUUGCAGUAAUGAUAAACAAUUAUGUGUUUCAAAAAGAAAUGUAGUUGAAUACCAUUCACAAAGGCAAAUAAGUAAUGCAGUUGCAAAUUCUCCAGAUUCGAAUUUUUUCCAAUAUUAUAGUGAAAUCUUCAGAGGCCUUUCUGAGAGCACGCCAGUUCUAUUUAUACAAAAAUCUCUUAUUGAUAUACACAAUUACAGUGGUUUGCCUUGGUGGGCAACUAUAAUAUGCUCAACUGUAUUACUUAGAGCGACUAUAACACUACCCCUAGCAAUAUAUCAACAAAUCAUUCUCGCAAGGUUAGAACUUCUGAAGUAUGAGAUGAAUGAACUAGUGAAAGAACUCAAAAAAGAAGCAACUAUAGCUACUAAGAUGUAUAAAUGGGAUGAAAGAACUGCCAGAAAUAUUUAUAAUUAUUCGUUGAAAUCAAAUUGGAAGAAAUUAAUAAUAAGGGAUAACUGCCAUCCAUUCAAAACAAGUAUUUUGUUAUGGGUCCAGAUACCUUUAUGGAUAUCUGUGUCAAUGAGUUUGAGAAAUUUGAUAUAUAUGCAGCCUGUUAAAAAUAUAUCCGCUGAAAUAAUUUCAAACCAACUGAGCUCUCAAGGAUUUUGUUGGAUACAGAAUCUGACUGAAGUAGAUAGUACUUACAUACUUCCUAUUACUUUUGGUUUGAUAAAUUUAUCUUUGAUUGAGCUUGCAACUAUGUCAAAAGUGACCGUACCUUCCAAACUCCAAAAAAUUAUGACCAAUAUAUUCAGAGGAUUUACUGUUUUAAUGAUACCUAUCAGUGCAUCAGUGCCUUCUGGUCUGGUUCUCUAUUGGACAACUUCCAGUAUGUUUGGCUUAGUUCAGAACUUAACGUUAUUAUCACCAAAAGUGAAAAGAUUCUGUCAAAUCCCACCGACACCAAGUGAACUAGAGAAUCCCUACAAACAAUUGAAAGAUACUUUGAAGAAUAGAAUAACUAGGAGAAAUAAAAAAAAUCUUGACAACUGUUGAAA